GGAUAUUGGUUGUCUCUAUGAAGAAAGUCGUAAUUCAUGAUUUUAAAGACGUGAUCUGUGAUGUAUAUACCUCGUCUGUUUACAUUCAUUUGUUAAAUGUGGAACUUGACAAAAUUUGCUAAGCAGUAUUUAAUAUUUGCUGUACAAUGUACGAUAAUUCUUAUCAAUUUUUAACAUCUACAUAUGCACGAACAACUUAUGAAUUUGUUGAAGAUACUGAUAAGACUAAUUCUGAGGAAGAGUGUGAACAAAUCAAGACUUGGUUUGCAGAUGAGUCAUUCAACAGGUAUACUGGUUGUGUAGCAAGAAACUGCUUACAUGGUAAAGGAACAUAUGACUGGAAAUAUGACAGCAAAAAGUUCUCAUACAGUGGUACAUUCUACAUAAACAACAUUGAUGGUUACGGGCAGUUUUCUUAUCCUGAUGGCUCUGUGCAUGAGGGUUUAAUGAAAAAGAAUAUGCGUUAUGGUCCUGGUGUGUUCACACAAUGUGACGGUUUACACAAUGUUGGCUUUUGGAAAGGAAAACAGUUAAUAAGAUUAUUACAGCAGCUAAGCAGCUGUGUUCCUCAUCUUGCAUCAUCCAUAGAAGCCAAACUUUAUCUUCUGAGGUACAGGAGCCUUGUCAGAGUCCAAGAGGAUGUACCUGAUCCAGCAAAAGAGCUCAUGUCUGAAAUGAAAUUUGACAGAAGAUUCUUGAAACAUUCAAUGGUACUUUACUUGCCUUCAGUGAGACAGAAUCAGAGCUUAUUUAUAAAUAAACCAUACUUCCACAAAAUUUUCUAUAAUACCACAGGAGAUGCAGAUAUGUUUAUAGAAGUGGAAUACAGUGAAGACACUUCAACUACACAAGAAAAUCCAAAUGGGAUGAAUAUGAUCAAGAAACUUGUUCCUGUCACUCAUAUAGUGGCUUGGAAUAAUAAUAAAAUGCAGAUUCAUAUGCUUAAACAUAUUUUCAAACACAGGAUGUCUGAGGUGAUUGAUAAUAUAAUUAACUUUUGAGUCAUUUGUCACUCUAUAGUACUCAUUUUUGACAAUGUCUUGAAUUACUCAAGUAUUUAAGGAUAGAAUUUUUAUUUGCAUUGUUCUGUUUCUACUAUAUCCAACAUGAUUUCCAACAUCUCCAAGAAUCAACUGUAAAACUGUAUUCUUUCAAAUUUCUUUCUUUGCCUCAUCUAAUUCUCAGCUAUUAUUAACUGUACCUCCACAUACAGCUUAACAUAUACUAGCUCUUCACAAAGUCUCACAAGUGCAAAAUAUUGAAUAUUAAAUGAUUAUCUACAAUUUAGUUUAUUGCAUUGUGUCUUAUUAGUUCUUUUCAUUAUUUGUUAUGCAAAAUGUACAACAUUAUACUUUGCAAAGCAAUUUAUAUUAUUCUGAACAACAAGCUGUGAGGAAAUCAAAGAAUGGAAACCAGGACUGAAUGUGACAAUAGGGGAAGUGAUGGUGAUAUAAAACAGUUUUUU